CCGCACCUCCCCCACAACACAAAGCCGACGUCGCCCUGCAUUUGAAGCACAUCUUCACGUUGGACUUCAGAAACUAGUAUCACAAUAUAGCAUACCUUUGCUCGAUUACACAGAUUUCACGAUGCCGUCUUGGAAACGCCUCAUACGCUUUGAGUCCACAGACGGAAAGACCCUGCGGGGCGAGCCGAUCCUCCCCUCACCAGAUUUCGAUGUGGGUACCACCACACAAGAGACGGGAUUGAAAGCGAAAGUAAUCGAGGUUGCCAACAACGAUAUUUUCGACCCUGCGACUAAAGUCACGGACCAAGAAGUAACCGUCAAGAAACUGCUCGGUCCCGUGACUACAGACGAAGUCCCCAUCAUUCGCUGCAUUGGGCUCAACUUCAUCAAGCACAUCCAGGAAGGUGGUCGCACACUGCCGCCCUACCCAUCCACCUUCAUCAAGGCCAAUACCUGCCUGAACGACCACGGCGCACCAAUCGUCAUUCCGAAACUCGCGCAGGACAACCAGGCCGACUACGAAGGUGAACUAUGCUUCAUCAUCUCCAAGGAUGCCCUAAACGUUUCCGAAGAAGACGCCUACAACUACGUAGGCGGAUAUCUGUGCGGCAACGAUGUCAGCUCAAGGAAGCUGCAGCGCGACCCUAAACUUGCAGGCACCGUGCCGCAGUGGAACUUCUCCAAGGGAUUCGACACCUAUGCGCCUCUUGGACCGCAGAUUGUCAGCACUGAGGUUGUGCCUGACCCUUCGAAACUUUAUCUGAAGACCAUUGUGAACGGAGACGUGAGGCAGAGUGAGACUAUCGACGAUCUUUGUUUCAAGAUUCAUACUAUCGUAAGCUACUGCAGCCAGGGGACUACGCUGAAGAAGGGGACAGUCGUUAUGACAGGUACUCCCAGUGGUGUCGGCUACGCUAUGAAGGAGCCUCAGUUCUUGAAGCCGGGGGAUGUCGUUGAAGUCAACAUCAAUGCGAUAGGAACACUGCGAAACACGGUCGAGUACGCGUGAGCAACCCGACCGGUAUGAAAUAGACAUCAGCUCACCUGAAUCACUUGCCACUGUUCGCAUAGAUCCAGUACUUCAGUCGUUUGUCGUCUCUCUCUGCGAAUAUUUUAGCCUUCACUUCUCCCCUGCAAACAGCCGACCAAACUGACCUGACUGGACCUGAUGUAACAGCUGCUUGCGUAUAGAUUAGGAGACGACACUACCUACACGACAACUCCAGCAGCUGCGCUUAUCCCACAGCCUACUUCCUCAAUCAAGACGCCCCACCCGAACGUCGUUGAUUUCCUCCUGAGACCGUCGGUGGUAGCCAUCACUGUGCCGAUACACCAAUUGU